AUGUACUCCCUCGAGGCCGAGUCGGACGACGAGCCUGGGGAUCAGCUCUCGCCCUCUGACGGCAACUUCGCGAACUCGUCAUCCAAUGUGGUACCCAACGUCCCAAACGUGGUAGUCCCUGACCCCACAGUCCGGGAUUCAGAGACGCCCGCUGAAAGAAAAGCUUUGGAGGCAAAAGAGGACGAAUUCUUAAAUAGUCCUGGGCAUUCACAACCCCAAGCCGUCUAUCCUUCUAGAAACCCUUCCAGAAACCCUUCCGUCCUGGGACCUAGCACCUCUGCGCCGUCCACGCGGUCUUACUCGACACGUACAUCGCACACGCCACCCACAUCGUAUGCGCCAUCGUCACAAGCUCCAUCAACAUCACGGCAGCCGUUACGAACACACCCCUCCAGAGAGCGUACUCCCUCACUAUAUUCAGAGGCCCCUCCAGCAUAUACGCCUUCUCAGACAACACCUCUUUCUCCGACCGCUCCGAGUGACGAGACCAGGAGCUACAAUACAUUCUCUCCCAACAUGGGUGUCGAAAAUGAGCGUUUACUGGACCGGGACCCCGAGAGUAUGGGUCCACCAGACGAUGAAUCAUUGCACUCACCCCGAUGGAGUAAGCGGAUCAGAAGGAGGCUCCCGCCGUGGCUGAAUUGGCGAGUUGGCUUGCUGGCAGUUGUUUUACUUGCAAUCACUCUCGGGUUCUUGACGAGUGGAUAUAAAGCUUUCAAGGGAGGCGAUAAAACUACCAUUAGGCCAACCUUGCCUCCUGACGGGGUUACGCAACCUCCAAAGACACCUGAAGAGCCGGCGCAGCCAGGGUCACCUGGCAAACAACCGUUGGAGCCCACAUAUUGUAAAAAUGCCGAAUUUCGGUUCCCUGACCAGAUUUUGGCCGUUGACUUUAGCAAAGGCAAAUUUCUGAGUUUCAUCCAAGAACAACAUGGUCAUGGUGGAAACAUGCCUGUGAGAGUUGGCGGUCAAGUCAACAUACGCCAGCUUGACGAGGGCGGCUAUCCUCGAGUUGUUUUGGAAACUGUCACCAAUGACGAAGCCCUGAGGCUAGAAGUAUACAUGUCGGAGGAGGACCAGAAGAUGAGGAUCAGCGUCCCGAAGAAGUUCGAGUCCGAAAAUGCCGACAACCCACCAUGCAUUGAGAUGCGCGCUACUGUUUGGGUCCCAAAGAAUGCCGAGCUCCGAGAGCUCUCCAUCGCGGCCCUCCACCUUGAUGUUUUGACUCUCGAUGACUUGUCCAUUCAUGUGGAUGAUUUUGCAAAGCUCUCAUCAGUCGUGGGAGAUGUCGUCUCGGCUGCCGCAACACCGCGCUCUUACGAAAAAAAAGGGUUAUCUUUUGAUAACACCCCCGAUUUCACGUUCGUCCCAGCCAAGGAAACAUAUACCCUGGACUCCCGUGUUCUUGAGGUCUCUACAACGUCGGGGAACAUUUAUGGGAACUGGCCCCUUUAUGAUAUGCUUGGCCUCCACUCGACUGCUGGAAGCAUCAAAGUUAGCAUCACGCCCGAACCAGUACUGGAGUCAAAUCCCAAACCAGCCGUUUUGUCCAUGAGCUCCAUCUCGGGGUCUAUCCAUGCUACAGAGCCAAUCCAUGUACAGGAUCAGAUGCCCAUUCGUGAAUAUCUCGUUGAUGUCAAGUCAACGUCAGGAGGGAUUCACUGUGCUCUUGCUUUCGGUGGGGGAGUCGAGUUGAAGAGCACGGCGAGCGACAUUGCGGUCGACCUACUUCCCAUCCUCGAUGCUUCCAAGCUUUCUCCCACAAGCCCGGCGCAACUUGAGACUGUAACCACCAGUGGUACGACCGCGGUUCGCAUCCUCGAGCCAACUUGGUUCAACGCAAAAGAUGCUGCCGCACCCAGAGAGUUCAACUGUCUGCAGGCUGUGCACAAGUCUACGAGCGCCAAUGUGGGCUUGAGAUAUCCUCAGUCAUGGGUCGGAGACCUACGAGGCGAAACCACGAGCGGAAGACUCGCGGUCAAGGGCAAGGACGUGAGGGUCACGAAGUCAAGUGGCGGCUGGCCCGGGAGCACGCUGACGGCUUACAAGGGUAGGAGCGGCGGCGGCUCGACUAUCUCGGUGAAGACGAUGCUGGGAAGCUUGGAUGCAGUGAUCGGCGACGAGUGA